AUGGAAAAGAACAAUGAGAAAAUCCAUUUGGAGAAGAGGUAUUUGGAAGAAAAAGUGAAGAAUUUAAGGGAAAAGAAAACUGGCCAAAAGGGUAAUGAAGCUUUUGGUUCGAGAAAAGGAAAGGUGGAAAUUGUAUCUGAUAAAAUAGAUAAGUUGAAUCCACCAUUGACUAAGGAGCAACAAGUUGAUCAAGCGAAACGUGAUGCAUUAUUGGAUGAGCUUAAUGCUUUGAAUGCAAAGUUUAAUGCUGAGGAAGCUAAAAAGAAGAAUGUUGAGGCAAUCCUUGCGAACAAGAAAGCUUUAUUUCCUUCUUGGUCGCUUGAAGGAAUUGAAGAAGAAGGGUAUAUCAUUGAAAUCGCAAAGAUGGAUGUUGAAAUCUCAUCUGUUUUGAAUAGAAGGCCUAUCGUGAAACCAAUGGAUCCUCCUGAAAAUCUUGAUUCUGUGAAGGUCAGGUUCAUUGAGAAUGAGAACUAG